AGUUCAUAGAUAUAGGUGCAGCAACUAUAAACAAAGCAGCCAUGUCGAAAGGAAUGAGCAGUUAUGUCCUAGUUGUUUACUCUACUGCGCUUGCUACCGUCUUUCUCCUUCCUUGUUUCAUCUUUCAAAAGAAGAUUUCACUUGCUCUUUCACUGCUUGGUGGACAAUUCCUUCUUGGCCUAAUUGGGAGUUCAAACAUGUUAUUGGCAUAUAAUGGCAUCAACUUCAGCUCACCAACAGUUGCUUCAGCUAUGGGAAACUGUAUUCCAAUUUUUACAUUCAUACUGGCAAUCGUUUUCAGGAUGGAAAAGCUGGAUUUGAGGAGGUCAAGCUGUCAAGCCAAAGUGUUGGGGACUAUUGUUUCAGUGUCUGGAGCAUUUGUAGUAAUACUAUACAAGGGAUCAGUAAUCUUUUCACCAUCCAACUCUCCUCACCAGAACUUGAUGAUGAUCUUGCAGCAGUCAAAUAAGUGGGUCAUUGGAGGUCUUAUGCUUGCAAUGGCAAGCAUUUUGAAGUCAUCAUGGAAUAUUCUUCAGACAUCAAUUGUUAAGAACUGUCCAUCAAUGAUUACAGUACUCUUCUUCUACACCUUCUUUGUGACACUUCAAUCUACAGUGAUCUCUCUAUUUUUGGAAAGCAAUCCAAAUGCGUGGGUACUAAGGCCUGACAUUGAGAUGAUUUCCAUUGUCUUCUCAGCUAUAUUUGGGAGUCUGUUCCAUAUUGGUAUUGAAACUUGGUGCUUGCACCAAAAGGGCCCUGUCUUUGUAGCCAUGUUCAGGCCCUUGGCAGUUCCCAUUUCGGCAGUCAUGGUAGUCAUCUUCCUCGGCGAAGCACUUCAUCUUGGCAGUGUGAUUGGAUCUGUCAUGAUUGCAAUUGGGUUUUAUGCUAUGAUGUGGGCACAAGUGAAAGAAAGUAGCUCCAGCGCUAUAGAGAAUGAAGUUCCAAACUUGGCAGCAACUCAAAAGACCCCUCUUUUGCAAUGCAGCACCUCAGCAGAUGGUUAAUAACUUAGAACGUAUAUGAUGC